AUGGAAUUUGCUGAAAACUUUAUAAAUGGUGAAGACCUGGUAAAGACCUUUUCAUUAGAAGAAGUAAUCAUAUAUCGAAAUGACAUUGUGCACUGUCUUAUAAGCAGAGGAGGUCAAAAGAAUUGGAAAGAUGUUCUAUGUCGCCUAUGCGGAAAAGAAAAAGGACCAAAAACACAUAAAAAACAUAUAUUAGACAAAUGGAUUAAGUGUGAUAAAUGCUUACCAAGUCGAUGGUAUCAUAUGGACUGUAUUCCAAAUGUUCUAGAUAGCAGCAAUUUAUUUACUUGCGCAAACAUUUCUCCUUAAAACAAACAAGUAGUAAAUGUUGAAAUAAAGUUGCAUAACUAUAACAUCUUUAAUAUAAAAACGGUUUUUAACUUGAUUUUAAUAGUAACUUAGA